UCUGGUGGGCGUCCAACCAAUAAAGACUAAAAAAUUGGAUUUUUACUCUCUCUCUCUCUCUCUCUCUCUCUAUAUAUAUAUAUAAUUAUAUAUGUAUAUAUGUUUUUGUUAAUGCUCUAACUCAAUUUUUCAUUAUCACAAAUUCAAAAUCUAACACCUCUCAGAUUCUGCAAAUUGUCUCCACUUCGAUUUCUUAAAAUUGAACUUGGUAUUGUUAGUCUCAAUCGAGGAUCGAAGCAAUUUUUGUUGACGAUCGUAACAUUUGUUCAGUUUCGGUUUCGAUUUCGAUUUUCUUUGUUGGUGUUCGAGAAUGUUCAACGGCAUGAUGGAUCCUGAGUUAAUCAAACUCGCUCAAGAACAGAUGAGUCGUAUGUCAUCCGCCGACUUCUCCAGAAUUCAACAACAGAUGAUGUCUAAUCCUGAAUUGAUGAGAAUGGCCUCAGAAGGCAUGAAGAACAUGAGGCCUGAGGAUUUGAGGAAUGCUGCAGAACACUUUAAGUACACCCGUCCAGAAGAGAUGGCCGAGAUUGGUGAGAAGAUGGCUAACGCAACACCUGAAGAGAUAGCUGCUAUGCGUUCACGUGCUGAUUCGCAGAUGACUUAUGAAAUAAAUGCAGCUCAGAUGCUGAAAAAACAGGGGAAUGAGCUUCACAGUGAGGGAAGGUUCAAAGAUGCCUUGCAGAAAUAUUUGCUUGCAAAGAAAAACCUGAAAGGAAUUCCAGCCUCCAAAGGUAAAACCAUCCUGUUGGCAUGCUCUCUUAACUUGAUGUCGUGUUACUUGAAGACAAGGCAGUACGAUGAGUGCAUACAAGAAGGCACUGAGGUUUUGGUAUCUGAUGCAAAGAAUGUCAAAGCUCUUUACCGGAGAGGUCAAGCAUAUAAAGAAUUAGGACUCUUGAAAGCUGCUGUCUGUGACUUGAGUAAAGCACAUGAAGUAUCCCCUGAUGAUGACACUAUCGCAGAUGUAUUAAGGGAUGCUGAGGAAAGAUUAAUGAAAGAAAGUGGUGAGCAUGGACCAAGAAGAUUGAUUAUUGAAGAAAUAACUGAAGAAGCACAGACCGUUCCAUCAGGAAACUGUAAAAGUUCAUCUACAGAAUAUUCUGUGUCAGAACCACAAGAAACCAGUGGCUUCCCUAAGAGUCAAACUGAGAUUGACAGUAAGACUCCAGCAACCAAUUCAGAGUGUUUGCAGGCUUUGAAAGAUGAUCCAGAAACUAUCAGAUCCUUCCAGAACUUCAUUUCCCAUGCUGAUCCGGAAACUCUUGCUGCUCUGAGUUGUGGAAAGGCUGAAGGGCUAACUCCUGAUAUGUUUAAGACUGCCUCAAAUAUGAUCAGCAAGUUGUCUCCUGAAGAACUUCAAAGAAUGCUCCAAUCGGCUUCCUCCUUCCAGGGGGAAAGUUUAAAUUUUAAUAGAGGCGCUUUAGACUCUAAUUCUAACAGCUUUGGUCCCGGAUCAGUUCCGCCAAAUAUGACUCCUGAGAUGCUCAAAAUGGCUUCUGAUAUGAUGAGUAAUAUGCCUGCAGAGGAGCUUCAGAAAAUACUUGAGAUGGCACCGUCUUUAACAGGGAAAGAUUCGGUCCCACCAGCAGCAUCAUUACAUUCUAAUGGAUUAAGUUCAGAUACAGGUUCAAGGCCUCCUGUAGCUCGGGGAAGUUUCACAUUUAAAGGUGACCAUGUUGGUGAAAGUAGUUCUUCAAGUCAGUUUUUAAAUUCAAGAAGUGGACCUUUUCAAUCUUGCUCUCCAAACUCAACUUCUGAUCUGCAAGAACAAAUGAAAAACCAAAUGAAAGAUCCAGCUAUGCGGCAGAUGUUCACAUCAAUGGUUAAAAAUAUGAACCCAGACAUGAUGGCAAACAUGAGUGAACAAUUUGGUUUUAAGCUUUCUCGGGAAGAUGCAGAAAAAGUUCAACAAGCCAUGUCAUCUUUGUCACCGGAUGGCUUGGACACAAUGAUGAGGUGGGCAGAUAGGCUUCAACGUGGAGUUGAAGGUGCUAGGAAGACAAAAAAUUGGCUACUAGGAAGACCCGGUAUGAUUUUGGCCGUAUUUAUGCUCAUUUUAGCAGUCAUACUUCACCGGCUGGGGUACAUUGGCAGCUAGACUUGGAAGAAUCUGUGUUAAUCAAUGGACAGGUCAAUUUCAACCAUCCGCUGAUCAGCACAGCAUUGCAUAAACCAUUUUGCCUCUUGUUGAUAUCAGAGUAGAUGAGUGGAAGUGCAGAUUGAAGGGUCCUUGAUGGAAUGGAUGUUCAUACAACCGAUGAAAGAUGAAAUCCACAAUUUAUUUUGUAUCUUAGUCACUCGUCAUGAAUUUUUUAUUUGUUGGUACUUUCUGUGCUCCUUCAAUAAAAUUUAAGGAAAUCUUGUUGGUGGGGGAGCCGUUUCUUUUUCCCUUUUUUUUUCUGUUCGGAUUCGGAUACAUUCUGUAACAAUGUAUUCAUGUAAUGCUGUUAGACAUUAAGGAUCAUGGACCUUCGAUGAAUGUCAAAUGCUUUAUAAAGUCUGCAUCUGACUACAAUCAGUUGUACGAAA